GCUUUUUCUACAGUUUCAUCUUCGAAAGUUUCCCCGGAUUUAUCCCUCUCCUCGCUUUCCGGCCGAGCUAGCGAAAAGAGGAGAGAGGAGAGAGAGGACAGAAGGAGAUUCUGCUCAUAUCAUCUAUCUCGCGUGUGGUUGGAGUCCUGAUAGCUAUCGUUCCUUGAGUAAAUUCUUCCUAUCUGUCCUUAAUAGCACAAAUGCCAGCAUUUAAGAUGAAGAUCAAGUCAAAGACAAACUUCCUGAGGAAAUGUAAUCACAAAUCAACUAAAAUAUCAAAAGGCUCACGCCCUCAAAUUAAGUCAUCAGAAAAUCAAACGGCAGUGGACUCUUCAAAUCCAACUCUGUGGAAAAUUUCUUGCAAUAUUGAAGUAUCUUCUCAGAAUGUUGAAGUCACUGAAGCCAAUGACUGCCAGGACACAUAUGCUGGAGACUCUACUCAAAUGUUGAAAUUGUUGUUCUCAUCUCCUGAUUCUCCUUCAUUUGGAGGAAUGGAAUCGAUGUUUGCAUCAUGCCCUGGUAACUUGGAGACUAUUUUUUCACCUGGUUUUGAGCAGACUGAUGAAAACUUCAAAGCAGUAAGUCCUAAUGAAUCAGUUGGACAUGAACAACCUCAACUACCUCAUCUGAUUACUGAUGAGGUCGAUGAUGAUAGUUGUACUUUAAGUGAAAUCCAAGCUUGCAAUGGAUUCGAUUUCUACUUCUCAGAUAAUGUUACGGCAUUACCAGUUGAUGGAGGCAUUGGGUUUAACGAGAUAUUAAAUGUAGCCUGUCCUGAUUAUGAACUUCUGAAUUCUGAUGCACUACUUGAUUUGGAAGAUAGGCCGAUAUUAUUUCCAUUAUUGGAUGAACGUCUGGAAAGUAUUGGAUUUAGUGAUGAUAAAUCCGUUGGAAAGCAUAUGGACGGCGAUGAAUCAUGCUUGUACCUUGCUAUCCAUCAGUUGAAAUCACCGGAUCAGGAUGCUCAGAUAAGAUGUUUGACCAGUGAUUUUGAGGAAACGGCAUACUUCAAUUUACAAUUUACUGGUCACAAAUUAUCGAAUUCACCUGUUUCAAAAGCAGAGGAAGUAAAAAGAAAGCCUAUUACACUUGUGCUUGAUUUGGACGAGACUCUUGUACAUUCUACACUGGAGCAUUGCGAUGAUGCAGAUUUCUCCUUUCCUGUUUUCUUUAACAUGAAACAGCACACAGUCUAUGUAAGACAGAGGCCAUAUCUACAGACGUUCCUUGAAAGAGUAGCCCAAAUGUUUCAUGUUGUCAUAUUUACUGCCAGUCAGAGCAUCUAUGCCGAAAAGCUCUUGAAUAUUCUGGAUCCUGACAGAAAGUUAAUCUCUCAGUGCUUUUAUCGCGAGUCAUGCGUAUUUUCUGAUGGUAGCUACACGAAAGACUUGACUAUUUUGGGGGUUGAUCUUGCAAAAGUGAUUAUUAUUGACAAUUCUCCACAGGUUUUCAGGCUGCAAGUGGACAAUGGCAUUCCCAUUAAGAGUUGGUUUGAUGAUCCAACAGAUCAAGCAUUAAAUUCAUUACUACCCUUCCUUGAAAAUUUGGCUUAUGUGGAUGAUGUUCGACCCCUUAUUUCAAAGAUAUUUGGCACUAAAGCAGAACAAAAAGUUGUCUUAAUAUAGUUGAUUUGGGAAAAAGAAAUUGCUUAUGAUAUCCACAUUCAAUUUUCGACGAGGACACCAUUAUUUUUGAGACAAUACAUUUUUCUUUCAACACUACCUAUUUUGGAUUUUGCAAGAUUACUUGUCUUGCAAAAAAAGAAAUAAUAUUUUUUACAAUCCGAUUAAUUGUCGGUGUCCUCGUCGAAAUUUUGGUCAGAAUAUCUGAGCCUUUUAUUUUUUUUUCAUCAACUUUUCAUAUCAUCCUCAUUAGACCACAGCUAUUUUGUUUACAUACAAUAAAGCUCUCAGCCUUCUUGUUAGAUUUAGAGCAUAGUUUUUACUAGUUGUGUAUAUAUAUAUAUAUAUGCACUCUCUCUUUCAUGUUACAAUUCAGGUGUGUAAAUCACUCUUAUUUUGUGCAAUAAAACAAUCUGCUCUUUCAACUGA